AUGAGUGCACUUAUGGUGGCCACAGCACCUCGGCCACCAGCCGGUGCAACAGUUGUACAAAUGUCAUUGAAUAUUGUACCUACACAGAAAAAUAGUGCCCCAUUUGGACUGGGGAAUGCACAGGGGAUGUGCAAACUGGUAAAUAGUUUAUUUGGUGACUGGGGCAUUGAGAGGGGAGUCUGGCAGUGUCUGUUUCAGGCUGUGCUGUGUACUACUCAGAAUUCAUUUUGCAGUAGCAUCUUUGGCUGCAAGCACUGUGCGCCUGGGAAGCACCAGUGUCUGUACAUUUGUGUUAACAUAAGGCUGGAGAUCAGAAUGCCACCCCAAUUUGCUGGGGUGUGA